AUGGCCAAGCCCGCGCAGCAGCUCCGAAGCUCGAUCGUGUGCGCCUCGGCCCUGGUGUCGUUCGGAUUCUUCGGUGUGCUCAUCGCUACCGUGAUUCAGCAGGACCGUGAUUCAGCUUCGGCGCUGUCAGUCGGCACCUUGUCGGCACAGCUGACGCCCAGACACUCGGUUAUCCAAGGGCCACGGUCCGGUCAGGGAGGAGAGCGCCCGAGGACGCCCAUCGCGCGCGGAGGCAACGGCCCUGUGGCGUCGCAUCGCAGCACUCUCAGAGCCCGGCCCGGGAUACCGGAACGGAUGCAGGCGCAGCAGCACCCGCGUCGGCCACGGCUCAGCCUUGUGCGAAACAGCACGCUGCGCCGGAUCCCGCGAAAUAGCACGCUGAUGGCAUUGCGCCGUGCGCAUAUGGCCUCCUUGCAUCUGGCGAGGCAGAAGCCAGGCCAACUCGGAGGCAAGCCCUCGCUCCGGAAGCUGACAGGGGUGGACCCGGCGCACGAGCGCGCCGCUUUCACAGUGAGCGAGGAGCGCGAGCGCGGGUUUUGGGAUUUCGCUCCGAGCGACGGUCCAACGAGAAUCGUCAAAAUCAGGCAACAAGAGACCGGUAGCGCCAGCAUGUCGGCGGUAGCUUCGCACGCCCCCGACAGCUCCGAGAAUGACCCGCGCGAGAAGUGCGCGUCGGCGGCGCACUUUUCCUCCCAGGCUGUGACUGCUGCCCUGGCCACCCUGGCCUCCCUCGAGGGGUCGCCAGGACCCGCCGCGGCCCUGGCGCGGCCCACGGGCGGCUUGAUGCUCAUCGACGCCUUCACCCUCGUCGGCCUGGCCGGAAAAUACGCCAGCCGCUCGGGUGCCGCCCGCCUCCUAGAGGCCGAACCACCAGUGCUGUGA